AGUCCCACCGCCUAUCCUACGGGGGAGGGUCAUUCCAGGUGUACGUACAGGGCAGCACAGCCAACCCCGCCAUAGUCACGUUCCAUGAUGCCGGACUCGAACACAAAUCCUGUUUCGGAGGUCUAUUCAACUACGAACUGACACAGAAGAUGAUGGAGGACUUCUGUGUGUACCACAUCGACGCCCCUGGCUGUGAGACUGGAGCCGGCGAUCUACUCGGGACCACUUAUCCGUCGGUUGAGGAGUUGGCUGGUGUAGUCCAUAAGGCGGUGGAGCACUUCAGCCUGCCCCGUUUCGUUGCGAUGGGCUCGGGCAUUGGGUGCAAUGUCUUUCUGCAGUACACGCAAGACUACAUCAAAACAAAGGUCAUGGGCAUGAUCCUGUUUUCUCCCGUCAUCACCACAUGCGGAUGGUACGAGUGGAGCUACUACAAGACGUCUCUGCUCCAGGCUCGAACUAGCGGCUAUCACAUGACAUCGCACCUACGGGAUCUGUUCUUGUACCGGUACUUUGGAGAUCGCACCGUGGCUUCUAAUAUGGAUUUGGUACAGAUUUUUGAGGACUAUCUCUCGACCGAAACAAACGUUCGCAACGCCAUUGGGUUGACCGAGUCUUACCUACGACGCCCGGACCAGACAAAGAUAGCCGCGAGCACUUCGUGUCGUACCCUGAUCGUCACCGGAUCCGAUUCUCCUGUGCUGAACGAUGUGGUCUACUCCAAAGGCAAAUUCCCGUCAGAUAAUAGCUCGUGGCAAGAAGUAUCCGCUUGUGGGAGUCUGGUGCACGAAGAGGUGCCGCAGCAGAUAGCCAGUUCACUACGCCUGUUCCUAAUGGGCCUGUCGUACCCCAUUGGCACCCUCUCCAAACUCUCCCAAUUGGGUGUGAAGCAAUGAGCUGGCGAUAGUUGGUUCAUAGACAGCCGCAGGGCAUAGGUGAAGUCCGUCGGGGACGAGGCCAUACGCCGUACACAACUGGUACCAGACCACAGGUGGUGCGCAUGUAGAACGGUGGCGUGUUUGUGAGGUGCUGAGUUGUGGGGCGGGGUUGGGGGUGGUACAUGCCCAUUGGGAGACGCAUGUGAACUCCAUUUCCUAGGCAAUAAGUGAUGGACGGUUUCUUUGUAUACAGAUUAGACCAGAUCGCGUUGGUAUGGCUUCAUGCGCAGCCAGCCGUGUGUGAUGAUGAGAUAGGCAGGCAUACACGGAGCGGUGUAUAUGUGUGGAUAUGCGCUGUGCAUAUAUGUGCAGGCACCCGCGCAUACGGGGUUCAGAUAUAUCCGAAGCGCCACGUCUGGAACGGCCCAAACUCCGUGAACGGGGUCAUAUGUCUUGCCCUUUUCUCAAGCUCUUCUCCUGAGUGACUCGGCUUGGCUUGUCCACAUGUCCGCUUGCUGUGUUGAACAACCGCAUCACCUCUCAGUGGAGACAGGACCACUUAUGUAUAUGACGGGUUCCUAGUCUGGCGGAUCUUGGGCUACGGUGCUUCAAUGCUUUACGGGUCUAAUAUAAACCCCGUAUGUCUCCUGGACAGAGCUGUGCCUGUGGCCCGAUACACCAAUCCUGUAGCCCAAAAAUACAAUCCUGUAGCCCUAAAGACCAAUCCUGUAGCCCAGAACCAGCCUAGCCGUACUUUCGAUGCACAUGUCAUGAAAGCGAGUCUUAUCCCUGUGUGAUUUGAACCAUUCGCCAGUGUGUGUGUAACAUACUCGCGAAGCCAUAAGCGCAUACAAGUACAAACGUACAAGCGCGUUUUAUCUCAGGCUCGACUGUUCGACUGUCUCUGUUUGGUGCGCCGUACGUGAAGUGCGGAUGAGGGGCAGACCUCGGUUCUAUGCUGCCACAGCCACGUGAUAUACUAAACCGCCUACUGUUGGUUGCAAACACGCACGGUGAUAGAAUAGUUCGUUUAGACUUCGUUUAUAUUGGUAAACAGAUUCUUUAGGAAUGUAUCAUAAUCAAACUGAGGAUUAAAAGCACGAUAAUGAGUUGA